CGUCAAGUGGCCAGCUCUCGAGCCCCCGGCCGCCCGCCCACCGCGCGCCACUCCACAGCGGGAGCGGCGCGUGAGGAUGAUGCCAGCCACAGAUAUAUGAUGGAUCGGCGAGGGAGGGCACACAACAACAAAAAACUAAACCCAAAAAAACCUGCACAGUGACACAACUGUAGAGUAAAGAGGAGGCGGCUGGUGAGUGAGAGUAUAGAACUGAGAGAGUUGCGGAACAAAGGACAAAUAAAGAGCAGAGGGGAACAGGAAAAAGCCGGAAACUCGCUGGUUCAUUUCUGCCCGCACCGAUGUCCGAGGCCCGCCGGGUGCCAGCGGGAGACGGCGGACCGAGGCAGAGCGCGUAGGAGCGGCCGCUGGAGUGGAACGCUUCGGGGGGUGGGGGGGUGCUGGGGAACGGACACCGCUGGAGCUCUUCUCUGUGACAGUGAAAUGAUGGAUUCCCCCACGGAUCUUUUCGAUGACUCAGCUGCCCAGAUGCACGCAUUCGCUCCUACUCACAGCUCCUCAGACCUCACUGGAGGUCAUUCUCAGCCCGGCGCCGGGCGCCUUCCUCCAGCCUUCAGGCCCCCCGGAUUCCCCCUCAUCCACCACCUCCUCCAGCCCAGUGGAGCCCCCAGGAGGAUUGGAGGGCAGCUCAAUGCCAACUUGAGCACACACAGACACCUGGAAGACAGAGAUUCAGAAGAAGAGAGAGGAGAGAGGGACGGACAGGUGGAGCAUAGGAUGGAGGGAGGAGAGGACGGAGUGAUGAAGGGAGAGGACGGCGUGCUGGGGGUGAAGAAAAGGCACGGCGACGCCGCCCUCUCCGCCGAGUGGAGCCAGGACGUCUUGAAAGUGAAAAGAAUGAAGCUGGAGAGCCGAUCCAGAAACGGAGAGGCUGAGGUGGGAAGCAGGAGGCGCGAGGGAGGGAGGGAGGGGAAGAGAAGAGAGAGGGAGGAGUUGAAAGAGCAACUGGAGGAGGCCAGAGAGAGACUGCAGGCCCUGCAGGAGAAGGUGUGGAGGGCUUUUGGGGAAAAGCACAUGGCAGAAGAGGAGAAGGAGAUGAGGUGCAGAAACAGAGGAGGAGGAGAAGAUGAAGGAGAAGGAGACGCUGGAAUGAUGUUGGAGGAGGAGGACAUCACAGAAGGGUUGUAUGAUGAAGAGGACAUCGACGGCGGAGAGAUAGAAAAGGAAACGUUCUCCCUCCUUUCUGUCUCCCCUUUUGACAACUUCCACAAACAGAGAGAGGAGAGGCAAACAGACAGGGGAGGGAGGAUGGAGAGAGGAAAAGGAGGAGGAGGGUUGCACUUGGAGGGCGUGAUGGAGGGAGCGGGGUUGUGGUUGGAUUGUGGCGGGCUGGCGAGGGGCGACUGGCACGGGGGGGUAGAAGACGAGGGCGAGGAGGGAGGGCAGAAGUUUGCUCAGGCGCUGAAGGUGGAGCUGGGCAGCGCCGUGGCUCGGGUCAUCGACCGGGUGCUCCGCCUCUACGCCGAGGUGGCAGGCGUCGCUCCCUCCUCUCCUCCCGCCGCCAUCGCCUUCCUGCCGCCUGGCGCGGGGAACGACGGCGGCGGGGAGAGGGAAGUGUGGAUGGGACUCUUGACGAGAGGAAGGGGGGAGGAUACACCGCGGGGCAAGGAGGAAAAGACGGGACGGCAGGAUGGAGAGAGGGAGAAGAGGAGCAACGGGAGCGGCCCGCCUCCGGGGCAGCCUCGCCUCGCCGAAGCGUCGGACCUGGCGAUGCCAUUGGCCGUCCAGAGGUCACCUGACAUCCGAAAAGCCCACCCACCGUUCGGCCCGCCUCUCUCUGCUCACCUGAAUCCCUCUCACCCGAACCUCUCCCUUCAUCACCCGUCCCUCCCUCGCCCUCCCCCUCUUUCUCACCCCAACCUCCUGCCUCCGGCGUCGCAACCCAAGGACCUCUCCUCCUCCUCCUUCCACCUGUCCUCCUCCUCCUCCUCCUCUUCCUCCUCGUCCUUCCCCGCGCCUCCCCCCCCUCCGCCCCCUCCCCCGCUCCCUCUCCCCCUUCUCCACUACUCCAUGCAGCAGCUCUUCUCUCGCUCUCUUCACCACGCUCAGCUGCCCCACCUCCAUCCGUCCCGCAAGGACUAUUUGAACUCCGACCCCUUCCUGGAGUUCUCCGCUCACCCCUCUUUCCCGCCGCUCCCCUUGCUCGGCCACCUCGACCCCUCCCUCGCGCGCCACGCUCACGGAGGCAGAGAGAGAGGGAUGAGGGGAGACGGAGGGAUGAGAGGAGGAGGAGGGAUGGACGGAGGAGAGCUCUACCUGACUGCCGGGGGAAUAUACAGCCAGGAGGGCUUGUCUCCGUGCCACCUGAAGAAAGCCAAGCUCUUGUUCUUCUACGCGCGCUAUCCCAGCUCCAAUACGCUCAAGACUUACUUCCCCGAUGUCAAGUUUAACCGCUGCGUGACCUCCCAGAUGAUUAAAUGGUUCAGUAACUUCAGAGAGUUCUUCUACAUCCAGAUGGAGCGCUUCGCACGUCAGGCUGUCCGCGAGGCUCUCACCCGGGAGGGUGCACCUCGUCUGGGCAGAGAGAAUCAGCUGCGAGUGGGCCGUGACACAGAGCUGUACCGCAUACUGAACAUGCACUACAAUAAAAGUAACGUCUACCAGGUACCAGAGAGAUUCAUCGAGGUAUCAGACAUGGCCCUGAGGGAGUUUUACUCAGCCAUUUGGACUGCGAGAGACAGCGACCCCUGCUGGAAGAAAGGGAUAUAUAAAAUCAUCUGUAAGCUCGACAGUCCUGUUCCAGAUGCCUUCCGGCUGCCCGGUUGUCCUGUUGGCUGAGACACGAAGUCCCUUUCAUCUGGUACAUGUACACAAAAGUACACACAUGUACACACAUUUUACGAAAGCAUUAUCAAACUGUGCAAAUCCACACCGUUGAGAACUGGUGUGAGGAAAUCCGCUCAAUUCUACUAUUCGGUUUAUUCAUAAUUCAUUCAUUUCUUUUUUAAAGAAGAGCAUUUUAGAUCUAUUUAGUUUUGCCUCGUGUGCAGGAGAGGACACACAUGCUCUAAUGGACGUAUAGCAGUGCAGUGGUGAGAGUGUUGUGACUGCACUUAUCCAGGAACGUGACCGUGCUAUUGAAUUAAAACAGGAUGGAGCAGGAAUUUCCUCUCCAAACAUUCUUCACCAGCCGACUGUGCCGCCACACGGGUUUGAUGAAGCGGUCGGGAGGUCGCCGCAGCCACAGAAUGGACCGGUGUUUAGUACCGGUGUCAUGGAAAUAUGCAUACGUGCUGUGUAUAGUGUGUUACCGUGAGAUGGCUACACAUCGCUCAUUCACUUGAGAAUAUAAGAUGCAUUCCCUUGUUCACACACACACACACACACAGUAAUCAAAUGUACUGCUGGCCACUGUUUACCAAGCAUAGAUCAAUUCCAUAAUAAUCCGAUAUAUAACAUGUUUUCAGAUGCUAUCCGGCAAAGAGCCCGUCACCUGAGCACAUAAAUAAGUUUAUCUGAUUAGUCGCCCCAUUUUCCUCAUCAUCCCUUCCACUUGUGAGCAGACAACAGUGUUGCUUACCUUUUAAAUCACAGCUUCCUGGUCCUGGCCUUAAUAUUGCAAAGUAAUCAAUCAUGAGUCACUCUUGCACGAAUGGCACCCAGCUAUCGCACCCCAAAACAUUUCAAGGCCGCUCUCCCCCUGGCAGUGUUCACGGUUAUACAUCAGAGACUUUUUUAGAACUUUAUGCGAUUGUUUGAUAGAAAUGGUUGUUGUUUUCUUGCGUGUGAGCUUUUCUUCUCUGGAAGUAGCUUUUUUUGUUAGCUUUUACAUUUUAAAUAGGUUUUCUCCGGCUGUGAGGAGGUUUCUUUCUUCUUUUUUUCUCUACCAACAGAAAGCUUGUCAUGUUUGCAUUCAUCCAAAGGUUUAAAGAAAUAAAUACAUAUAUCUAUAAAUUCACUUAAUAAAUCAGGCUUGGACAUCUUUAAAGAAAACGUGAGGACCAAUCACAGUUAAUGUUAAAAAAAAGAAAGAUAUUGUAACUCUUUGGUUAAUUGUCGGUUUGAAAACAUGAAGUUUCCCUUGUUUUAAACUACCAGAGCAAUGGUUUCACUCAGUAGAUUAUUUUUGCCUGUAUAUCCAUCUCUUUGGUCAAUAUUUAAUUAUUAUAUGACUUUUUGUACAUUAUGGCACAAUGUAAUCAAAGUGUAAUUAAAAUUCUUCCAAGAGGGACAAUAUAUUGAAAUCAAACUAGUAAAAUUAAUGUUUUGUGGUUUCCUUGCCGUACUGUUAUCGUCGAAAUAUUCACUUCUGUUUUUGUAUUCCUUUAAUGUGACGCUAAGCUAAAUAUGACGGUUGUACAGUUAGUAAAUAUCGACAUUAGUAUCCAAAAGGUAUUGCAGUAACAUUUACUCCAUCUUCUGUAUAUCAAGGGAGGAAACUUGGGUUUCCCUAAAAGAUGUUGAUCGACGGCUCCAGAUAAAGUCUUUAAUCACACCUCUGUGAGAGGCCGUGUAUGUGAACUCUUCGUGACGUGUUUUCAACUGCAUGUUUCCUAUAUUUGCAUUACAUUUUGUAUCGUAAUCCCUUUUUCUCUCGUUGCUUUCAUUGGUUUGUCUUUUAUAUUGUAUAAAUUUAGGUUUGUGCCUCAGACAGACUUUGAUGAAUUUGGUGUGUUUAAACUUAUCAGUGAAAUUAAAGUGAUACCAGACUUGU